CCAGCCCUCCUAUGAAUGGGAAGGCGGGACACGCGCCCUCCGCUGAGGGGCCUCCGGGCGAGGGGAGCCUGGUGCGCCUCCCUCGGGGCCUCCGCUCUCACCGCCUCCUUCCGGGCGAGGCCCGGCAGGCCCACCUCGGCUCCAGGCCGGCCAGCGGGGCCAGAGCCCGGGGCCCCCGCGGAAAGGGCUCCUCGCCUCCCUGCCUGGGCCCCGCCUGGCGCGCCUGCACUACAACUCCCGUCAUCCUGCGGGGGCGGCGCGGGGGCCGACGGGAGCUGCCUUCCCGCCGCGUCCGGAGGGCGGAGGCCGCCCGGUUCUGAGGCGCUGGCCCAGGCCGAGUCGCGUCCAAUGGCAGCGGUUGCUGUCGUUUGGGUUGCGCAGGCGCAGUUUGCGUUGGGCGGCGCGUUCUACAUCCGGGCUUCCGGACGUCCCGCCUCUCGCGCGCUCGGCGCAUGCUCAGAACGCCGCCGCCGCCGCCGCCCGGCUUCUGAGGCGAAAAGGGAGGGAAGGGAGGCGGCCCCGCCCCGCGCCCCGCUUGUGACGCCGCGUCGCGCGUCGCCUGCCUGUUGCGCGUGCGCAGAGCGAGGCGGCGCCGAGCGGCCUCCCGUCCCGCCUCCGCCGCCUGAGGAGAAGCAGCAGCAGCAGCAGCAGCAGCAGGAGAGCCGAGGGGAGCGCGGCGGCAGCGGCAGCCGCAGCAGCGAGGCCACGGGCGGGCGAGCGAGUGGUCGGGCGGGGAGCCCCUGCCCCCCUCCCGGCGCCAUGGAGGCCAAGUCCUCGUCCAGCAGCGGCCGCCCCCCCGUGAAGGGCAUCCUCAAGAACCCCUCCGGGGGCAGCGGCAGCGGCGGCGGCGGCGCAGGCCUGGUGGCGGCGGCCCUGGCGGAGGCGUCCACCGCCAAGGCCAAGCGGGCCGCCGCCAAGCCCGCCGCCGCCGCCGCGGAGGCCCCGCUGGGAGGCGCCUACGACGACGACGCCCAAGGUAAGAAGUCCCAGAAGUGGGAUGAAAUGAACAUCCUAGCUACCUACCAUCCAGCAGGCAAAGACUACGGCUUAAUGAAGAUAGAUGAGCCAAGCACGCCCUACCAUAGCAUGACAGGAGAUGACGAAGAUGCAGGCAGCGAUACAGAAUGCAACGAAGCCGUCACUGCAGAUGUGCUGGCAAAGAAGUUAGCAGCUGCAGCACAUGGCAAGGGGCCGAAGAUCCUCGCUCAGCAGGAAGAGAGCAGCGACGAAGAGGAGGAGUUGGAGUUAUCUCCUGAAGAACGUGAGAAGAAGAGGCAGUUUGAGAUGAAAAGGAAGACCCACUACAAUGAAGGCAAGAACAUCAAGCUGGCCAGGCAGCUGAUUGCGAAGGAGCUGCAUGGUGACGCAGCCAAUGAAGAAGAUGACGACGAUGAAUGUGAUGAUGAGGAUGAAGACGAUGAAUGUGAUGAAGAGAUGCGGGACACAGUAGACCUUGCACCUGAUCCUAGCGAGCCACUUGAGAAAAUUGCACACAGCCUAGAAGAAGUCUGCUCAGGACUGUAGCUGAUCCUGAAGCCACGCCUUUGUAUUCACUGCAUUGCACACCUGCAGUUGUGACUCAAGUAACUGAGGAGCAGGUCGGCUCCCACUUAGUGUUGCCAAGUGUGGUGGGAGCCGGCGAGACUUUUCUCUUAGGCAGACGGAAAACUCGGCUGAGCUGGCUUAUUCUUGUGCCUGGCAGCCACAGAGAAGACGGCUUCAUGCAUAAACAGCAGGAUCACAUGACGUACAAUGCAGGUGACUUUGGCACAUCCGUGUUGCUCCUCUUUAUGGUUUUGAAACAACCAGUCACUUUGCUUUGUCCUAUUCUAUUUGGCAGGACCUUCUAGGACUUAAAGUGGCCACAUGCCUGGUAGAAGGGCUUUGGCAUUGAUGUGCCAAACUUUACGACUAGAAUAGAUGAACCCUUACACUGAACCGCUUGACAAUUGACAAGGUAUUUUGAAGGGGAAAAAGGGAUUGAUUGAUUGAUUCAUAGGCUUCUUUUUGUAGAAUAUUUCUUCUUGGUUGUUAAUCUUGCUAGUCUAUAUCUUGUUGCUGGAGGGGGAGAAACAGGCAGAGAGGGAGGUGGCAUUAAUGCAGCAAGGAG